AUGGCCUACACAGACGAUGCCGUCAAAGCCAAGCUCUCAGCUCUCAAUGAGUCCCAGGAAAGCAUUGUGACUGUUGCGCAAUGGGUGAUGUUCCAUAGACGACAUGCGGAGAAGACGGCGCAAAUCUGGCUCCAACGGAUUCGCGAUUCGGCGCCCCCCAAACGAUUGAAUCUUGUCUAUCUGGCCAAUGAGGUUGCACAACAGUCGAAGGCUCGGGGAAAAGAUGAUUUCCUCAUCGCGUUUUCGCCAAUUGUUGCAGAGGCCACUGCGGCAGCAUACAAAGGUGCAUCGAAUGAAAUUCAACAGAAGAUUCGUCGUGUUGUCGAGGUUUGGCGGCAGCGCCAUGUUUUCGAGGGCCCAAUUCUGGAUGCAGUGGAGGGGCGCAUAAAUGAGAUCGACAAGAACCGCUCAACUACAAUGAAGCAACCUCUGGGAGGCUCUUUCUUCAAGGAUACCUCAUCUGGAUCUACCCCUUCUGAACUCCAGCCUCUCGUGCCCUUACAAGUCGCCUUGACAAAGGCGACCAUGACUUCAAACAGCUCCGCCAAAACCGCCAACGUCGAGUAUGACAAGUUGAAGGAUCCCAAUGCACCUCAGAUCACCCCUCCAGUGCAUGCUGCGCGCCUGGGGACUCUCUUGAAAGCGCUUGCGCAUGCUGAAAACUCCGUGUCGGAGGUCAUCAAAUCGCGGCGCGCCCUGAUCGAGGGUCUUGAGAAACUCCUUGAGAGCAAUCGCUCUGAACUUCAAAAGGAAGAGUCUCUUGUCGCACAAUUUGGCAUUCGCAAGGCAGAGACUGAUGCUCAGCGGCGUGAAGUCGAGGAUGCGAUCAUGCGUGGUUACCAGGAUGAUCACUCAACGACCGGACAGGGGAAUGGGGGCGAAGAGCCACCUCGUCCCGAGGUUGAAGCUUUGACUCCACCACCGGUUGAGGCGUUGACACCUGUUGGAUCCCCCGCGCGCGAGCAGCCGCCGGUCAGCCAUGGGCCCUUCACGGAGGAAGCUCCUAUCAACAUUGCGCAAGACCUCAGCCUGCGAACCACCGACCAGGAUGAUGGUGGGAUGCCAUUUGACCCUUCUAGUCUAUCACCUGGUGGAGAAAAUGACUUUGAUUUUGGGGUGAAUGGGAUGAAUGCCAAGCGCCGCAAGGUUGCGCAUGAUGAAGACUACGAGCCGUUCGCUGCAGAAAACCUGGAAGACGACAUCAGCGCGAUGAUUGCCCGGGAAGCCAAUCGUUGA